AUGCAGCGGCAAGGCCAAGCAGCUGAGAUUAUCAGCGCUGACUCCAUGCAGGUCUACAGGGGCUGUGACAUUGCCACUGCGAAAGCUUCCGUGGAAGAACGAAAACUCGUGCCCCACCAUUUGCUGGACAUCUGCGAUGUUGAUGCACACUUCAGCGUCCUGCGCUUCCUCCACCUGGCGACCGGGACGAUCGACGCUCUGCAUGCUCGGGGUGUCUUGCCGAUCGUCGUCGGCGGAACGCAGCUGUAUCUACAGCACCUACUCUGGCGUUCGCUUCUCGACCGCUAUCCGCCAGAAGACUCCGAUUCGGAGAAGCAAGACCAAACGGGUCGUUCCGGUUCGUCCCUCGAGAGAUUCUCCACGGAGACCCUCUACGUUGAACUGAAGAACUUGGAUCCUGAAAGGGCGGCGCAGCUGCAUCCGCGAGACAGGCGACGCAUCAUUCGCAGCAUCGAGACGACGCAAAGCACCGGAGUGCCUCACAGUGAGCUCAUGCGCCGCGAACGCGAAGCCAGCAUUCAAGAGGGUCUGAGGUACCCCAGCUGCAUUCUCUGGCUCGACUGCAGGGACGAAGACAUUCAUCGACGGAGACUGGACAAACGAGUCGACCAGAUGCUUCAGGCCGGUCUUCUCCGGGAGUGCGAGUGGCUGCUGGACGCUUUGGGUCUACCAGACGAGCGAGGCCAGUCCUCCGCCAACUGCCGAGGCGGCGAUGCGGAAAACCCUGACCCAGAUUCUGAACGAGUCGAGGGCCGGCAGGAGACAGGGCGAGAGCUGGAGAGACAGAAGGUCCAGGACCAGCAAGGCCUUUCGCUUUGCGGCAAGGCGCUUUUGCGUCACUCAGAUGCCGGGGAAGGCACCGCGCGCGUGGAGACCGAAGGGGACACUCCCGGCGAGGCCGCUGCGCCCGACGCGGGAGAAGAGAAGAGAUUGCCUGGCGUGCUGCAAAGUAUAGGCGAGAACGCGCGAUCGUGGAGCAGUGACGUUUACGACCCAGCGCUUCGCAUUGUCCAAGACUUUUUGAAGGGCGUUCCAUUCAAGGAGGACCAUCCGCAAGCUGCAGCGGCGCACCUCUCCGAGAAAGAAAAAGCAAAGCGCGAGCGGCUCAAGGUUCUCUCCGCGCAUGGUCCAGGCGUCUCUUCCGCAGUGGGAAAAGAUCCGUGGCUCGACGGAGGGUUGAACCGACCGCGCACCUGCACGCUUUGCAGUCGAACCUGCUUUGGCGAGUCAGACUGGCAUGACCACCUCAAGUCGAAGGCUCACCGUGCUCGGACGAAGAGGGAAAGCGCAGCAAGGAAAAGCUUCGAGGUGGACACGGCGCCGAAGACGAAGGCUACGGAGACUGCCUAA